UCGAGUAUAUAAGUCCGAUUAUUUGCGCUCGCGAGCUCGUAAAUCGAUUUUGCACGAGCGAUGUACCUACACCUAUUGUACAAUCUUAAAACUUCGCUUAGGAGCUUCCGUAUACACGCGUAAUUUGCAUUGUUUUUUUUUCAUAUAAAUAGCAACUUUUAGCGCGCUACAGAGACCAUACCCGAGAUUCGAUCGCGUUAUCGGAAGUCAACAAAUUUUUUCAUUACCGCCAAUACCAAUUUAUAACACCUGUACGAAUGAGAUUUUCAUUACAAUUUCGGUGUAGUUCCAAUGACAUGCGAUUCUCAGCGGUAUGAUACAGAUCGCAGUAUACACACAACUGCGCUAUUUUGACGGUAGAGGGCCGGAAUCGCGGUAUCUUCUAUUCUUCUCGCAAAUACGAGAGUAAGUGAGUUCUCAGUCGCUAACGAGGAAUUCGUGUAAGGUAAGGAAGUGUGUUUACAAAUUGCCGAAUUCGAUGGCACAUAACCUCAAACAUUGUCUCGGAGUAUUUCGUGAAAAUUCAGAGUGAUCACACGCGUAUAAUCGAACGAACGAUGGAAAGCGGAGAGGACACACUUAGAGUGAAGGAGGAACCAAAUGAUGCUUGGACAGGUGCAGGUGACAAUGGUGGUUUCGAUUCGGUGGAUUCUUGCGAAGUCAAAAACUUUGGAGCAUUAACUUUUCAUAAUUCACUAGCAAAUAACACGAAUGAGAUUAUGCCGUCAGGCGAAAAGAUCGAUGAAAAAAUAUUCAUUGAUGUGGAGUGCCAACAUCUUAAAUCUGAACUGACGUCUCCCCCGACGAGAAUCUACAAAACUGAGAAUGAAAAUGUUUACUACGUCGAACAUAGUCUAAUGAUUUUGAUAAAGAAAGGUUUCGAUUAUCAUAAUAAUUGUCAAUUUCGAGUGCCUCCUCGAUUGAAAAUUAAUGAAAAUAAUGACGUUAGAUUCUUUAGAAAAAUGUCCAAGACCAAAUUAUCUUCUGAAUGUAAAACAAGUGGAAAAAUUUACAAUGGAAGAAAAAGACAUGUAAAUACGACACACAAGAACAUUAAAACAUAUGCAUGUGAAAUUUGCCACAAUUCAUUUGGACUAAAAGAUGAUCUAAGAGUUCACAUGAAUAGAGUACAUAAUCGGAUCAAACCCUUUGAAGGUGACAAUUGUCACAAAUUAUUUAUAGUAAAAAGUAACCUAAAAACUCACAUGAAUGCAGUAAAUGAUCGGAGCAAAUCCUUUGAAUGUGAUAUUUGUCAACAAACCUUUGGACAAAAAAGUAGCCUCAAAACUCACUUAAAUUCAGUACACGAUCGAAGAAAACUCUUUGAAUGUGAAAUUUGUCACAAGUCAGUAAGUCGCAAGGAUCAAAUCAAUAGACACAUAAAUACAGUACAUAAUCGGAUCAAACCCUUCGAAUGUGAAAAUUGUCACAAAUUAUUUUCACAAAGAAGCCAUCUUAAUGUUCACAGGAAUGCAGUACAUGAUCGGAACAAACCCUUCGAAUGUGAUAUUUGCCACAAAUCAUUCGGACAAAAAAGUAAACUCAAAAGGCACAUUAUGACAGUUCAUGAACGGAGCAAACCCUUCGAGUGUGAAAUUUGUCACAAAUUAUUUUCACGGAAAGGUGACCAAAAUAGACAUAUUAGUACAGUACAUAAUUGGAUCAAACCCUUCGAAUGUGAAAAUUGUCACAAAUUAUUUCGACAAAAAUCAUAUCUCAAUUCGCACAUAAAUGCAGUACAUAAUCGGAUCAAACCCUUCGAAUGUGAAAAUUGUCACAAAUUAUUUUCACAAAGAGGCCAUCUUAAUGUUCACAUGAAUGCAGUACAUGAUCGGAGCAAACCCUUCGAAUGUGAUAUUUGCCACAAAUCAUUCGGACAAAAAAGUAAACUCAAAAGGCACAUUAUGACAGUUCAUGAACAGAACAAACCCUUCGAGUGUGAAAUUUGUCACAACUCAUUUUCACAGAAGAGUGACCUCAAUCAACACAUAAGUGCAGUCCAUAAUCAGAGCAAACCCUUCGAGCGUGAGAUUUGCCGCGACUCAUUUGGAUACAAAAAUGUACUCAAAAAACAUAUUGCGAAAGUACAUAAUUAAAGACAACCCUGAGUGCAAAAAGCAGUGAAGAUUUUGCAAUAACAUAAGUAUGAAACUUAAUUUUGGACAAGAUUUACAUUGAUAUUAUUCAAUUUCAUAAAAAAUAGUAAAAUAUCUCAAGCUGUUAUCAAUUUCAAUAUGAUUGUAAAAAAUACUCAAUUCACCUUUUUUUUCAUAAAAUCAAUUCUUUGUA